AUGACAAAGUCAUUAUUACUCUCCCUAGUGCACAAUGUCAGCACUCAGCUGAGUAACGAAAUCGUGGCGCUGAAUGACGACAUUCUAUUUUUACAAAAUGAGUUAAGUGUGAGUAAGACGAAUAAUUGUUCCGAUCAUGUGAAAAAAAAAACAGAAAGAAGCAAGGAACAGAACUUAAAACAAUUAAGUGCCUUUUUGACAAAAUACGUAAUGUUCUUGUUGGAUAAAAGGAAAAGCAAUGUACCUUACGGUUCUUAUUACUCUGAUGUAAUGAGUAGAAAUGGCGGAAUUGCAAAUUUGAUUGAAGGUAUUGGCAAGGCGGACUUAAGCAAAGAAGAUAGUGCAAGUGAACGUUUGAAAUAUUUGUGCCAGAAGAGAAGUGCACUGCAGGACAUGUUGCGUUUACUGCAGAUAAGUGAGGUAGAAAAGUUGAGUGAUGAUAAAUCGCAAGACUUGUUUUCCGACUUGAUGUUUCAGCUGAGGAAUUCUAUCCUCGGGGGAGGAGAACACUUGUUCAACGGGAUCCAGAACAUAGAGGAGGGGGCUAUGUUUCCAUCUGGCAAAACGAGUGACAAUGAUAGUGGUAAUAGCGAUGAUGAGAAUGGCAAUGAUGAUGGGAAUGCUUCAUCCGGGGACCGCUCUUCCACCGUGGCAUCGUUAGGGUUAGGGAUAAAAUUCAGCUGCGAACAGGUGAGCGAUUUGGAUGAAACAAGUAUGCCAUCGGCGUGUACAUCUAAUGCUCCAAUGAGAAGAGAAAACUUUGCUAAAAGCUCUUCACUAAAUAGACACAUGUCCGAAAAGGGAAGCCCCUUAAAUUGGAAGUCUCUCACGGAAGAGAGAGUCCUUUCAAAAAGUUCCUCUCUCACAAGUCCAUUUUUUAAAAAACAGGAGAAGUGCAGGAGUAUAAAUAAUCGUGGUAAUUCUUCCGCGCAAAAGUUCAAUUCGAUGAGAAAAUGUUUUAGCAACACGGGAGGGGUUACCACGUCGUUCCCCGUUAACCGUGAUAGGAAGAUGAAGGAAGGAGCAGUGGACAUACCUACACGGAGCACCACAAAUGGGAAAAGUAAAAUUUCCAUUUUGAGAAAAUCUUCACGUGAGGAACCAGCCCAUCUGGAGAAUAAGCAUACAGACGUGGAAGUUUUGAAAGAGCACAUCGAAAAAGGUAGCCCGAAUAUUUCAGUUAAACCUAUCCCCCCGUCGAUAAAUAAAACUUGCAAAAAUGUGUACACAAGGAAGGGGAGAAAUCGAUCGAAUGGUGUAUCAUGGGAAGAACGUGAUCAGUCUGGUUCAUUUGACUCUCUUUCCUCAUCUUCUUCCGACGCAUCAGCAUGGAGAGGGCCUGGGGGGGAGAAAACCCAAUUGAGUAACCAAAUGGGGAGAAAAAAGUACCUCAUCAGAAUAAACAAAAAGGGGCAUGGUAGUUUUGAGGUCAAGAAGAAGGGAGCCAAGUCGUGUGCUCGUGUCUACGAUUUUGAAAUCAUUUAUGAAGGCGUCGAUGGUGUGGUCGGUAGCAUGGAUGCCACUUCAUCCGAACAGAGAACGCGCAAACAGUUGGUGCAUUUUUCAUUUUUGAGAAGGGGGGGAAAGAUAUGCGGGGUGGAGAAGCUACACAUCGGGGAUAUCGACUUGGUGAGGAGCCUCCACUUUGGGAGGACGACAAAGGGUGAACCCCGCGAUGACCAUGUGGAUUGUGAAUCUGGAGGAAACGAACUUGUGCCGCGCAGAAGGAGAGAACGAACCAAGAAGGAGGCGAAUAAGAGAAUCAAUUUUCUGGAAGAGAAUUUAAAAAACAUGAGGGAGGAAAAUUUCAGGAAGAAGUACGAGCUGACGAGAAUAAUCGACGACAUAAAAAAGAAAAAAAUGAAAAAUAUUGUAAGGAACGACGAGCUAAAUUAUGAUGUAGAGGCAGAGUCGUACAACAUGGAGUUCGUAGAAACCAACCGACUACGAGGGCUGUACAUUCACAUGUUAGACAAGCAGAGCCAACUGGAGAGAGAUAGGAAUUUCUACAAAAAUGAACUUGAAAAAUUGCAACAGGAUAUGAAGAAUAACGCAGCCCCAUUAGCAGAUUUUUUGAAAGAAGAGAAGGAGAAAUUCAUACAAAGAGAAAAAGAAUUCUACAAAAAGGAAAAGAAAUAUUUUCAAGUGAAGAGUAAACUGAGGAAAAAAGUUACCCUCCUUGAGAAUGAAUUGGAAAUAGCCCAAGAGAAAUUGAAAAAAGAGAGAGAAGAGAAUAAAAACUUGAAAAGUACCGUCACGGAAAAGCUCUCCAUCAUAGAAAAAAAGGAUAGUGAAAGAAGAAAUUCAGAACAGGAAAACGAAUCGAAAAUAAGAAAUUUAAACACUGAACUGCAGGAACUUAUGGAAACCUUUGUCGUAGAGAAGGAAGAAAAAAAUAAAUUGCAGGAAGAAAUUUCUCUCAUCAGGAAAGAUGUAGCAUUUGAUAAUUUCAAAAAAGUUGUACUAGAAAAAAUUACCAAGACAAACGGCGACAUAAAAUAUCUGGCGGAGAUCCUCGAAUUGUUAACGAAGGAGCUGGAGAAUAAAAUAUCCAAGGAGAGUUUGAAUGAUAAACAUGUUCGCGAACUGAAGGAGGAAUGCGCAAAGAAAACGGAACUGUUAAGCAAUGCGGAGGAUAAAAUUAAAAAGGAUAAGAGCAAAAUGAGGAAGUUGAAGGAGGACAUAGCCUACCUGCAUGAGAAAAAUAGGAACCUCUUGGAGAGUGUUAGGUGUAUGGUUGCCCAGGGUGUGGGUAGAUUUCCUAACCAUAAUGAAGUUGUCACCGCAGAUGGUGGGACAACCUAUCGAGAGGAGGAGGGGUACUACUCGUCUGAUGAACGUGGUGGUAGAAUGUUGGUGUACUCUCCACGAGAGACUUCACAGAUUGCCCAAUCGAAUGACAUCCCUAGGAGGAACAGAAAAGGAACGAAGGGGUGUAGGCCAAGAUCAGGCAAAAGACCAUUCAGAGAAAAUAAGGAAAGCAUUACUAGUGUCUCAGACAACAGUUCUCUAUUUUUAUGUCACGACAUGGACACCAAGAGGGGGUACUCUUCCGACGAGUUGACAAGUGGCGCGGUAGACUCGGCUUACGUGUGUCGGGGACUGAUUCGGCACAGCUUGAAGUGA